GGAGCAUGUGGGCCUUUCGGCGUGUCGGGGGCGUUGAGCACCGGGUUCUCCUGAAGGCCAGCAGAGCGGGGCGACGGCUGGAGAUUGGUAAUUUAUCAGAAUAGGAUCGACACCAGUGUCCUCUGCAGCCGUUGAAUGGAUCCUGUCCAACCACCCUUCAGGGGCUCUUCUGUGAACCCAUCUCAGUGUGUACGGAUGCCUGGCUCUUGGCCACAAGCUCCUAAACCUUUGGACUCAGCGCUGGGCAGGGCAGGAUCUACAGGCAGAGGCCAUGUAUUUGGGAAGCCAGGGGAACCAAGCCCACGGAGUGGGCCAGCACAAAGGGAAUGUGUGGAUUUGGUCUCCAUGUUCCGAGGACUGGGCCUUAAAACAGUGUCUCGGACCCCUCUGAAACGGGAAAUGCCUCCAUUAGGUAGAGGCAUUUUAGGUCGAGGCUUGUCUACCAGUAUGGUACGCAAGGACAAAGAAGAACCCCAUCCCACUUUUCCGGAUCCUUCAGUGCUGAUAGCUGGGGAUAACAAGAUGGCAGAGGCCUGUGUUGGUUGGAAUAGAAUGCUUGGAAGAGGGAAUUCGGAUAUGUCUUUAUUCCCUUUGGGAAGAGCAGCUGGUGGUAUAGGCAGAGGAGUAUACAAGGCUCCUGCUACUCUCAGCUUGACUUCUCGGGAUCCUGCCCAGCUGUCAUCACCACCACCUCUGCCCCCAUCCUCACCACACUCUCUGGAUCACCCUCUACUUGGGACUGUAGAACACAAGGGAAAAGAGCUUUUUGUGAAGCAAGGAUCAAAAGGUACACCUCAAUCUUUGGGAUUGAAUCUUAUCAAAAUACAGUGUCAUAAUGAAGCAGUCUAUCAAUAUCAUGUGACUUUCAGCCCCAAUGUGGAGUGCAAAAGCAUGAGGUUUGGCAUGCUGAAGGACCAUCAAGCUGUCACCGGCAACGUUACUGCUUUUGAUGGAUCCAUUCUCUAUCUGCCUAUUAAACUUCAGAAACAAGUCCUUGAGUUAAAAAGUCAAAGGAAAACUGAUGAUGCAGAGAUCAGCAUUAAGAUUCAAUUGACAAAGAUCCUGGAGCCCUGUUCUGACUUGUGCAUUCCCUUCUACAAUGUUGUUUUCCGUCGGGUAAUGAAACUUCUAGAUAUGAAGCUUGUAGGGAGAAACUUUUAUGACCCUACAAGUGCUAUGGUUCUACAGCAGCACAGGUUGCAGAUCUGGCCAGGCUAUGCAGCUAGUAUCCGAAGAACAGAUGGAGGUCUUUUUCUGCUAGCUGAUGUCUCCCAUAAGGUCAUUCGGAAUGAUUCAGUGCUGGAUGUCAUGCAUGCCAUGUAUCAGCAGAACAAAGAAAACUUCCAGGAUGAGUGCACUAAGCUUCUGGUUGGCAAUAUUGUUAUAACCCGAUACAACAAUCGUACCUAUCGCAUUGAUGAUGUGGAUUGGAAUAAGACACCAAAAGAUAGCUUCACAAUGUCUGAUGGGAAGGAGAUCACAUUCUUGGAAUACUACAGCAAAAACUAUGGGAUCACAAUUAAGGAAGAGGACCAGCCACUGCUGAUCCACAGGCCCAGUGAGAGACAGAAUAACCAAGGGAUGCUGCUGAAAGGCGAAAUCCUGCUGCUGCCUGAGCUUUCAUUCAUGACUGGAAUCCCUGAGAAGAUGAAGAAGGACUUCAGAGCCAUGAAGGAUUUAACCCAGCAGAUCAACCUGAGCCCCAAACAGCACCAUAAUGCUUUGGAAUGCUUGCUGCAGAGAAUUUCGAAGAAUGAGACAGCUAGCAAUGAAUUGGCACGCUGGGGACUCUGUCUCCAGAAGGAUGUACAUAAGAUUGAAGGACGUGUUCUGCCAAUGGAAAGAAUUAACUUAAGAAAUACUUCAUUUAUCACAUCUCAGGAACUAAACUGGAUUAAGGAAGUAACCAGAGACCUUUCCAUCUUGACUGUCCCCAUGCAUUUCUGGGCACUGUUUUACCCAAAGAGAGCAAUGGAUCAGGCCCGAGAACUGGUUAAUAUGUUGGAAAAGAUAGCUGGCCCCAUUGGUAUGCGCCUGAGCCCACCAGCCUGGGUUGAACUAAAGGAUGAUCGAAUUGAGACCUAUGUCAGAACCAUUCAAUCCAUGCUAGGAGUUGAGAGGAAGAUACAGAUGGUUGUUUGCAUCAUCAUGGGAACACGUGACGAUCUCUAUGGGGCUAUUAAAAAGCUGUGCUGUGUGCAGGCUCCUGUGCCCUCACAGGUCAUCAAUGUUCGAACCAUUGGUCAGCCAACCAGGCUUCGGAGUGUGGCCCAGAAAAUUUUACUUCAGAUUAAUUGUAAAUUGGGUGGUGAGCUCUGGGGAGUGGAUAUUCCUCUGAAACAAUUAAUGGUGAUUGGGAUGGAUGUUUACCAUGACCCCAACCGAGGCAUGCGCUCCGUGGUUGGCUUUGUUGCAAGCAUCAAUCUCACACUCACAAAAUGGUAUUCACGAGUGGUGUUCCAGAUGCCUCAUCAGGAGAUUGUGGAUAGCCUGAAGCUAUGCCUGGUGGGUUCCUUAAAAAAGUUUUAUGAGGUGAACCACUGUCUCCCAGAGAAGAUUGUGGUAUACCGUGACGGAGUGUCUGAUGGCCAACUAAAGACAGUUGCCAACUAUGAGAUUCCUCAGCUACAGAAGUGUUUUGAAGCUUUUGAGAAUUAUCAGCCCAAGAUGGUAGUAUUUGUAGUUCAGAAGAAAAUCAGUACCAAUUUGUACCUGGCUGCUACUGAGCACUUUGUGACUCCCUCCCCUGGGACUGUGGUAGAUCAUACCAUAACAAGCUGUGAGUGGGUGGACUUCUACCUUCUUGCCCAUCACGUACGGCAGGGUUGUGGCAUUCCUACCCAUUAUGUCUGUGUUCUCAACACUGCAAACCUGAGUCCUGAUCACAUGCAGAGGUUGACUUUCAAGCUGUGCCACAUGUACUGGAACUGGCCUGGCACCAUCAGAGUCCCAGCUCCCUGCAAGUAUGCCCACAAGCUAGCUUUUCUGUCAGGACAGAUCUUGCAUCAUGAACCAGCCAUCCAGCUGUGCGAAAACCUGUUCUUCCUGUGACUGGGCAACCAGGAUAUGGGUGCUUAGGGAGAUUAGACUUCUGAACUCAGCUGCAACUCAGGCAGGAUCAAGAGGGACCCAGGGGGUUUUUGUGUUGGUGGUGGGUUGUUGUGUGUGUGUGUGGUUUUUUUUUACUAACCUGGUAGAAUAAGAUUUCUUUUUUCUUUUUUUUCUCUUUUAUACCUGAUAUCACCAAGAAGUAAGUUCCAUUUCUAAAUAUCAGCUGGAAAUUUCCUUGUUGCCUUUGUAGAGCAAGUGGUGGCAGUACAGGUCCUGUAUAUAUGGAGGGGGUGAAUACAAGGGAACCUCUAAAAGCCCCCAUAGCCAACAUGAGCUGUGGAAACCUGCAGAAACAGCAUUUACACCUUGUAAAUUAUGCUUACUAAGCACUUCCUAUUUCUGUGCCAGAGGUGAUAAUGAAUGAAGUCAUUCCAAGUUUCUUGAAGUAGAGAGUUACUUUAUUUGGGCAACUGAGAAAGGUAGUAAAAACACCUGUGAGGCAAAGUUUUUCUAGAUAUUGUGAUUGCUGGUAAGUGUGAAAGGCACAUAAUAAAACCAGCUGGCGGCAUAGUCAAGUCCUACUGACCUAAUCUUGUCUGGGAAUUGAGUUUAUGACACCUGUGCCUUGAGUUGGCUUUGAAGCUUUGAAAGGGGCAUUUAGCCAUUCCUUGGCCUCCUGAGAAAGGCCAGAUGAAGUUUUUUUCUGUAUAUUUUAGUUGCUUUACAGUGUACCAUGUUGAUUUCUUCCUACACCACCUCCCCUGCCCACCCCCCCCCCCCCACACACACACAUUGGCUCUUUGUUAUUGAUCUUUAAUAAAGUUUCAGCUUUUAAAUUAAGAAUCAGAACACGGUGAAAUUCAGCAGCUAGGAAGAUUCAUGAUGGAGUGAGUCUUUCUUAAACCUUUUUCCUGGAUGUGUGGCCUUCUCUUCGUUGAUGUGUUUGUAAAUGGAAUCACUCAUUUCCCUUGCUCAAUAACCUAUUCCUGGCUGUUGGCUCAUAUUGUUAGGAAUUUUUCUGAAUCCAGCUUAAGGUUUCCAAAAGUCAGCUUUGGAAAACAUGACACUCCUGCCAGAGUCCAGACAUUUCAGCUUAGAAAAUUGUCAAUAUGCCUGUGGGGUUUUUUUGUGUUUAUUUUUCCGUUUUAAAAUCCUCUGACCCCUUCAGGGUUAAUUCAGUUUUAACUUGCUUUAACUGGUUUUAAACGCCAAUUUUAUUUACCCAUUUCAAAUUUGUAUUUAUUUAUUUAUUUUUGGGUGUGAUGGCAGGGAGGGGACAAAGCAGAAACUCCCAUUUUAUAUAAUAGUGUCUGAGAAGAGAAACUUUAGCUUAAAACUCCUUAGAAGAAUAAAAGCAAGCAAGUUUUCAGUUUGUUGCAGUGCCCCACAGAGGUUGAGGAACUUUGAAUGAGUGUUGCUAGUCCUGAAGUUCACUCCUAGUUUCAUUUAGAGUGUGGGACAUAGGGCAAGGCUAAAGCCUGGAAUUUAAAACCCACUGAAUCAAACAAAUAUGGACCACUGGUCUCCAUCUCAACAGAUCAGCUUUCUGAUUCUCUGUGGAAGCAUUUUGAAUUUCUCUUUUGAAGUUGGAUUUCCUAAUACUCAUUUUCUCUUAUAUAAUCAGAAAAGACAAAUGCUUGAAUAUAAUACAAAAUUUCUUCACUUUUUAUUCCUGUUCUCUUGCCUUUUUUUUCAGUCUUAAUGUGCAAUGAUUGGGCUGU